GUUUUUUGAUAACGUCAAAAUGAGGGAAGACGACAAGGUAGAUCCUCUAGAAGCGCAACUUGAAGCCCAGCAAGAACUUGCAGCUCUCCACCGCCAGUACCGUUUGUUGUCCAAUGAUAAAAGGACUUACACCAGCGAAUCGCAAAACAUCAUUCGACGGCAAAAGGCAGCAAUUGAAAUGCUACUUCGAGAAAAGAAAGAGUUGCUGACUAUGAGCAACGUAGCUGGACGGCUUUGGAAUCAGUGGUGCGACGAAAACAACUUAAAUGAACUGAACAGGCUCAUGGAUAAAGAGGACUUAACUUGCGACGAAAUUCAAAAGGAAAAGAAGUCAAUUGCAACGAUCGAGGAGGCACAGAAGGCGCUCGAGGAAAAAAUCAUGGAACGCCAAAAGCUAAUGAAGGGAAGUAUGAAUAUAAGUCAAACAAAGUAUAUUGCCACUCAGAAGCAAGUUCGAGUGAUGAAAAAUCGCUUGGAUAACAUGAGCAGGAAGUUCAAUUCUACYAUGGCUAUAAAUAAGCAGCUUCGUGAAAAGAUUGAGAAUGUAGUCAAACAGAAAGAMCGUUUCCAGGAACUGCAUCAGCGGUUGGACAAUAAAUUGUCUGAAGUCAAAACGGACGUUGAGAAAGUCUCCGAAACUGCCAUAGCAAACUUYCAUGCUCGAGAUGAGGCUCAGCACCGCAUGGCGUCCUUGCGUGAGCGAGGAGAAAGAGAACUUAACAUGUUCAAAAGCGACGUUAAGGACUAUAAAAGAGCCAUCGAGCACGAUCGCAAACUGCAGGGUUUCAUGUCAGUAAAAACAGAAGACAGAGCAACUACAUUAAGAGAUGAAAUAUUCAAAAGAGAAUUGAAGAGGGCGAGUAUUCACUUGGACAAUGUGAACCUGGAAGCAAACAAAUACGAAAAGGCGUUUGAGAAGAUMAARSAAACCACAYGCAUYUUUGAUACCGAUGAACUUGUAACGUCRUUCAUUAAAAAAGAAGACGACAACUUUGCAUUGUUCAAUUAUGUCAACGCCAUGAGCACUGAGAUUGAAGGAUAUCAAGAUGAAAUUCAGUUCCUUCGAGGCGAAAUGCGUACGAUUGACAAGGAAGGAGUUGCGAACGAUGUACGUCGAAAAGAUAUMUUACAGGAACUCAAAGGAAAACUCGYAGACGUAAAAUUGAACUCCACCACAUUACAAAAGGAGGCCAAAACCGACCGUCGCAUCUUGGAAAAAGCGAAAAUAAAAAUCGAGAAGCUCUUCAAGAGCAUCAAGUGUGAUCGUACGGCCAUAUCCGAGCUUCUUGGAGGAGGUACAAGUAUCGAUGACUACAAUGCCGUUCAAUAUUUAGGAAUCAUUGAACAAAAGUGUAAUGAGCUUCUUCAAAUCAAAGCGCUACAUAGACUCAAAAUUUACGGGGAAGUUGAMCCAAAAGAGRCGCAUGUUUUGGAGGGACUGCAAGGCGCAGGACCACAACAAGCGCAACCAGUUUUGUCCAUAGUUGCACCAUGCAUAGAUGAAGACACCGAUCUUGCAUUGCAAGCAUCUGAUACGAAACCGAUGACCAUGGAUGAAGCUCGAGCACUUUCCACACAGCUUUCCUUGAGAGGUGGACAAAGCAUUAUUGUCGGGGUUGGAGCUCGUCAAAACCAACCAAAGAACAAAUAG